AUGCAAACACCACCAACAUUACAAGCAAUACGUUAUCAACGUGGUUCAUUAUUAAUUUUAGAUCAAUUAAAAUUACCAGAUGAAACAGUUUAUAUAUCAAUUCAUACAGCUGAUGAUGCAUGGAAAGCUAUUCAUACAAUGACAAUUCGAGGUGCUCCAGCUAUUGCUGUAUGUGGUGUAUUAAGUGUAGCUGUUGAAUUACAUAAUUCAAGAUCAAAAUUUGAUUCAAUAUCAUCUGUUAUACAAUUUAUUACACAUCAACUUAAUUAUUUAGUAACUGCUCGACCAACAGCAGUUAAUAUGACUGAUGCUGCUAAAACAAUUAUUGAUUAUUUAAUACCAUUAAAUAAUAAACAACAAAAUUUAACAUUAUAUAUUGAUGAAUUACUUGAUUUUAUGGAACAAUUUCUUCAACGUGAUCUUAUUGACAAUCGUUUAAUUGGUCAAUAUGGUGCUGAAACUAUGUGUCAAUAUAUUUCAAAUAAAAAAAAAUUAAAUAUUUUAACACAUUGUAAUACAGGUUCAUUAGCAACUGUUGGUUUUGGUACAGCUCUUGGAAUUAUACGACAAUUAGCUGCAAAUAAUGUUCUUCAAUUAGCUUAUUUUACUGAAACUCGUCCAUAUAAUCAAGGUUCAAGAUUAACAGCAUAUGAAUUAGUACAUGAUCGUAUUCCACAUACAAUGAUUUGUGAUUCAAUGGCUGGUCUUUUAAUGCGUACACAACCAAUACAUGCUGUUAUUGUUGGUGCUGAUCGUGUUACAGCUAAUGGUGAUACAGCAAAUAAAAUUGGUACAUAUCAAUUAGCUAUACUUGCUAAACAUCAUGAUAUUCCAUUUUAUAUUGCUGCACCAACAACAUCAAUAGAUUUAAGUAAAAAAUCAGGUGAUGAAAUUAUUAUUGAACAACGUCCAUCAAGUGAAAUGACUACUGUUAAAGGAAUUAAUCUUGCACCAGAAGGUGUUCAAGUUUGGAAUCCAGCAUUUGAUGUAACACCUGCUUCAUUAAUAACUGGUAUUAUAACAGAACAUGGUGUAUUUAAACCCGAUGAACUUAAAGAAAAAUUAUUAAAUUUACAACGAUCAUUAAUUAGUCCAUUAUAG